UGGGAAUAUGCUAUGGCUUCCCCAGUUGCGACAUUACCUUGGAUCAGCCAAAUCUUAACCUGGCAAAUAUGCAACAAUUAUAAUAUUGUUUAACGCCUGCACCCAAGAAGUUUGAGUAAAAUCAGACGAAAUUUCAAUGAAUCCUCCCUGUCCCAAUAAUAUGGGAUAUGCCUAUAUAUUUAUUACUCAACCGCAGACCAAAAAGGCCAAAGUGGUCAACUCCAACUCUUUCUCAGUUGAACGUGUGCCUGGAAUGAAAUCCAGAGACACUGCUCUUACGUUUAUUUUAAGUAUAAUGCAUCUGUGAGAGGGAGGGGAACAAAAAGUGAGGAAGCAAUAGAUUGCAAGGAAGAAAAAUGGGUGAGGUGGAGGUGAGAGAGAGGUCUCUGGCCUUGACACCCACAUGGUCUGUGGCCACUGUCUUCACAGUUUUUGUGGCUCUUUCUCUCCUGGUGGAACGUUCGAUAUACCAUUUGAGUCAGUGGUUGCAUAAAAGCAAACGGAAGCCUCUGUUUGAAGCAGUGGAGAAGAUGAAAGCAGAGCUAAUGUUAUUGGGCUUUAUAUCUCUAAUGCUGACUGUCACGUCAAGUUCAAUUACAAACUUUUGCAUUGAAUCAAAGUACUAUAAUACCAACUUCUCUCCAUGUACACGAUCUGAGGUUGAAGGAAGUGAAAUAUCUAAUGGGUCUACAUCCCAUGGACACAAGCAGCUGGAAUAUAUUGUUCCCAGUUUGUCGAGGCGUGUUCUGAGUAGUGCAAUGCAAAAUAACUGUAAACAUGGUUAUGAGCCUUUUGUUUCAUUCGAAGGUCUUGAGCAACUGCAUCGAUUUAUAUUUAUCAUGGCAAUCACACACGUAUUUUAUAGUUGCUUGACCAUGCUUCUGGCAAUCGUCAAGAUCUAUACAUGGAGGCAAUGGGAAAAUGAAGCCCAUUUUGAAACGUACAAUAGUUUGACAGAGAGCACCAGGGAAUUGACCAUGAAGCGGCAAAUAACAUUUGUACAAUUUUACACUGCAAGUUCAAAUUCAUGGAGCAGGAAUAGAUUCUUUGUUUGGGUGACAUGUUUCUUUCGCCAAUUUGGCAAAUCAGUGACAUGGGCUGAUUACCUAAGUCUUAGAUUUGGCUUCAUAACAAAUCAUAACUUGACACUGAAGUAUGACUUUCAUAGUUAUAUGAUCCAUUCUAUGGAGGAUGAGUUCAAAGAAAUAGUUGGUAUCAGUGCACCACUCUGGGGUUUUGUUAUUGCAUUUAUGCUAUGCAAUGUGAAUGGGUCCAAUCUGUACUUCUGGAUAUCUAUUAUCCCUAUUACACUUGUCCUUCUUGUGGGAGCAAAGCUGCAGCAUGUAAUUGCAACACUUGCAUUAGAGAAUGCAGGAAUAAGUGAAUCUUUUGUGGGUACAAAAUUGAAGCCUCGUGAUGAACUCUUUUGGUUCAACAGGCCAGAGUUGCUUCUAUCAUUGAUCCAUUUCAUUCUUUUUCAGAAUGCAUUUGAAUUGGCUUCCUUCUUUUGGUUUUGGUGGCAGUUUGGGUAUGAUUCUUGUUUUCUCCAUCAUCACCUGCUUGUAUAUAUACGUCUACUAUUGGGGUUUGCUGGACAGUUCCUAUGCAGCUACAGUACCUUACCACUUUAUGCACUUGUCACUCAGAUGGGAACAAAUUACAAGGCAGCAUUAAUACCGCCUAGAAUUAGAGAAACUCUUAAUGGGUUGGGGAAAGCAGCAAAGAAGAAAAGGAGGCUGAAUUCUGUCAUGGAUGAUCAAUCUGCAAUAAGUUUCAAAAGGAGCACCACACAAACAAGUUUAGAGAGUCAUCAAACCAUUUGCACAGACAGCUACAAUGGUGGCUUCUCUAAUCAGAUAGAUGGUGGUGAUCAUUCUAGAAAUGACCAAAUGGAGAUUGAAAUGCAGGCAAGCAGUGCAGCACAAAUCAUCUGCCCAAACAGCUACAAUGAAGGCUUCUCUAAUCAGAUGGAUGGUGGUGAUCAUUCUAGAAAUGACCAAAUGAAGAUUGGAAUGCAUGAAAACUGUGCAGCACAAAUCAUCUGCCCAAAGAGCUGCAAUGAAGGCUCCUCUAAUCAGAUAGAUGUUGGUAAUCAUCCUAGGAAUGAACAAAUGGAGAUUGAAAUGCAGGCAAACAGUGCAACAUCCAUGGCUGUAACUUCAGGUUUGAAUGGAGAUGACAGCAUUCCCCCAAAUCAAAAUUCCUGAAACAGUAAAUAAAACAUGUGUCUCAUAUUGAUUUUACAAAGAUUCUUUAUCCGUCAGGAUUGAUGAUAGGAUUGGAGAGAGAGAAGUUUAUAUCUAGAUGGACCAGAUCUGAAUUUUAGCUAUCAAAUUUGUUCCUAACUUUUGCCGGUCAAUCCUAGAUUUUUUUUUUUCUAUUUGUAAAUAACAUCUUAUGUCAUUCAGAGCAAAUUUGUAUGAUUCACUUCUGAAGUUGUUUAGUUUUGGUCGUUAACAUGUACAAAACAUUGAAACCUGGGUCUUAUUUUAAUUGACUUUAUUUUACCACUUAACCAUAGGCCUGUGGACAGUAAGAAGACGAUACUAAAUAGUUAGGUUUUAUUCAUGUGGGAUCGAAUAGAUAAAUCUAUAAUUAUUAAAAUCAUGUGAAUUCAAGUGUU